AUGGACUCUCUCACGACCCACCCUGCGAAUGCGCAGCAGGCUCGUGCCUUCACUUCUCCCUCGUCGCUAUCAUUUCCCGGCGGCGCCGCUGACCUGACACCGCCGUCUGAUAAAGAUGCUAUGGCUAUGGGCGCUCAGGGCCCGAAUGGGAAUAUGAAUGGCCAACAGCAAGGAGGAAAUGCCACGAAUGGCAACGGGGUGACACCCGCUACUCCGGCUGCGACCCCUGGUGCGAAUGCUCCAGGGAGCGGUAUCGUGCCUACUUUGCAAAACAUUGUCGCCACGGUCAACCUUGAUUGUCGUCUGGAUCUCAAGACCAUCGCACUCCACGCCAGAAACGCGGAGUACAACCCCAAGCGUUUCGCGGCCGUUAUUAUGCGUAUCCGGGAGCCUAAAACGACAGCCUUGAUCUUUGCCUCGGGCAAGAUGGUUGUUACCGGUGCCAAAUCAGAAGAUGAUUCCAAGCUAGCCUCAAGGAAAUACGCCCGUAUCAUCCAGAAGCUGGGUUUCAAUGCGAAGUUCACGGACUUCAAGAUUCAAAACAUUGUGGGCUCAUGCGACAUCAAGUUCCCCAUCCGUCUGGAGGGCCUCGCGAGUCGCCAUCACAACUUCAGCUCUUAUGAGCCCGAGCUGUUUCCUGGUCUCAUCUAUCGUAUGAUGAAGCCUAAGAUUGUCCUUCUGAUCUUCGUCAGCGGCAAGAUUGUCUUGACCGGUGCCAAGGUCCGCGAAGAGAUCUAUCAGGCUUUCGAGCUUAUCUACCCUGUGCUCUCUGAUUUCCGUAAGGUCUGA